GAAAGAGAGAGAGAAGAGCCGAGCCGAGCUGAGGCGAACGAGAGAGAGGCGGUUGGAGCGCCCGCGCGGGGCAGGCUGUGUGGGUGCGCACACGCGCUACGGCCGCUGCCCAAAAAUGCACUCGGAUGCCGCGGCUGUCAAUUUUCAGCUGAACUCUCAUCUAUCAACACUGGCAAAUAUUCACAAGAUUUAUCAUACUCUUAAUAGGCUGAAUUUGACAGAAGAUACUAGUCAAGACGAUCACCAAACAGGAAACCUGAGAUCUUGCAGUUCAUCAGACAGCUUUAGCAAAGUGAUGCCUCCAAGAAAAAAAAGGCGACCUACAACAGGAGAUGAUCUGACAGCUAAAAAAAGUAGACACGAUGGCGUGUACAGAAAAUAUGAUUCUACCAGAAUAAGGUCAGAAGAUGAUAUGUUUUCAAGUAAAAGGUGUUUAGAAUGGUUCUAUGAAUAUGCAGGAACAGAUGAUGUUGUGGGUCCUGAAGGAAUGGAGAAGUUCUGUGAGGACAUAGGGGUUGAGCCAGAAAACGUAGCCAUGCUUGUGUUGGCUUGGAAGUUGGAUGCUCAGAACAUGGGCUAUUUUACAUUGCAAGAAUGGCUAAAAGGAAUGACAUCCCUGCAGUGUGACACAACAGAGAAGCUAAGAAAUUCUUUGGAUUACUUGAGAUCUUUAUUAAACGAGCCUAUGAAUUUUAAGCUUAUUUAUAGAUACGCGUUUGACUUCGCACGUGAAAAAGAUCAGCGAAGCCUAGAUAUGAAUACUGCCAAGUGUAUGCUAGGACUCCUCUUAGGAAAAACAUGGCCCCUCUUUCCAGUAUUUCAUCAGUUCUUAGAGCAAUCUAAGUACAAAGUUAUCAACAAGGACCAAUGGUGCAAUGUUCUGGAAUUCAGCAGAUCCAUUAAUCUUGACCUCAGCAAUUACGACGAAGACGGAGCAUGGCCAGUGUUGCUGGAUGAAUUUGUGGAGUGGUAUAAAGAGAAACAAAUGACAUAGGAAUUUUAACUAUGCACAGCUGCUCAAGAGCCUUUGUUACUACAGUUAAUGUCAACCAUUAGCCAUAAACUUCUCUUUGUAUAUAAAGCGCAUGCGGCUUUUCCUGCACUGUAUCCCAUUUUCAGGGAUUUUUUUGGGUGUUUGCUGUUUAACAAGCCAGCUCUGCUUGCUGUGUACCAUUGUUCUCUCCGAAAGGCUGCUUUGCAUUUUGUCUCUACACUACAGAUGGUGAAGUUGCCAGCAUCCUCACUGUGACUAAUGUGAAUAUUGCUGUCUAAACUUUGUAUAUGUGUAUAAAAAAAAAAAAAAGCUUCAUCUAGGAAUGAUUUCAGCAGGAAAGGUAUUAUAAAAAAUAAUUUUGUCGCAUUCAAGUAACCAUGUAACUUAAUUUUUAAUUGACUUGGUCUCGGGCCUAGCAUUUCAGGGAAAGUGAUUGUGGGGGGGGAGGGGUUUGUCUAGGUAGAACUAUUGCUAGUUUAGUAAUAGUUGUUUUAGGAUGCCAGUUUUUGAAGGAAAAUCUUGCAGCAUGGUUUCCUUGGCAGUGCCCAACUUCAUUUUUAUUUAAUAAGCAAUUAUUGGCUACCGUUUUAAUUGAAACUCUUAAUGAAUUGUUACAGCUUGAACAGAGUUGUACACGCCAUAGUAACUUCCAUUGGGUGAUAAUAGUCAGAUGCUGUAGUUUAGUAAGAGGUACAGGUGAUCGAAUUAAACAUUCUGAUUUAAAAGGGUUUUAGACUUGUAAUGUGGCAUAUUCUUCUAUUUUACUGUUAGUCUUGUUCCCAGAGUGUUUUGAUGAUCUGGAUAAAGACAGAAUGAAGUCUUGUUUCAAAACACAGCCUAAAUGUAUGAAUGUAUUUCAGAGACUGGAAUCAAAGCUUAGCCUGAAAACUUGGCAUGGCUGCGUUUAAUGUUCCAGGGAUUGAAUUUCCUGGCAAAAUGCCAAUUACAAGCAACAUCUAAUCAAGCAGCAUCACUAUUUAUUUGGCACUAUCUGUUUGGACUGGAAAGUCCAAAGAAAUAGAUGAAUGAAGUAACUUCCUGUGUCACCUUUUCAUCAGUCUUCAUAAUACAGCUCAAUGUACAUUUCUAUAAUUUUUUUUUUUUACUAAGGUAGCUUACAGACUUAUUGAAAAUGCACUCAAAAAUCCAUUGGUCUUUGUUCAAUCAACCAAGAGUUCAUUGUGAAAUUUGCAAUAAAACAUGAGCUUGCCUUUUCUUUUACAGAAAGUUAAAACUACAUGAACAUUCAGAAUUUAGGAAUAUAAAUUAGCAAUAGCAAUAGCACUUAGACUUAUAUACCGCUUUACAGUGCUUUACAGCCCUCUCUAAGCGGUUUACAGAGUCAGCCUAUUGCCCCCAACAAUCUGGCUCCUCAUUUUACCCACCUUGGAAGGAUGAAAGGCUGAGUCAACCUUGAGCCUGGUGAGAUUUGAACUGCCAGAUUGCAGGCAGCCGGCAGGCAGCAGAAGUAGCUUGCAAUACUGCACUCUAACCACUGCACCACCAUGGCUCAUCCAAAUUAAGCUUAAAUAACAAAUUAGUACAAACCACUUAUUUUUAUUUUCAAAGUACUGAAGGCAUUUGUAAAGAAAAAAAAAAGAUGUAUAUCAUAAACAAGCAUAGCUUCUUUAGGAUUGGACACUUCUAAAGAAACAAAAUAAGAAAAAUAAAGGACUGGAAUCCAAAGAAAUCCACAUGCAAAUGUGAAUUCUGCCCAGAACAGGAGCUGUGGGAAUGGAGCUUUUCUUUCUUUCUUUCUUUCUUUUUUCUUUUGAUGCCUUCAUGAGCUUCAGAAGGCUUAGGAGCAGGGAUUGAGUGGGGCAGAGCUACACAAUCUGUUGACCAGGUAGUAAGACUGGAAAUGGAUGCAGUUAUAGUACUUAGAUGGACUUUUCACAGGCUAUCACUUCUGUUGUCCAUUUCCCGCCCCCCCCCAAAGUAGAGCUGGAAGUUGGCUGUGCCAAUCUCUGUUGAGAACAGACAAGUAAUACCAUGAACAAGUUUGUGCUCCCUCCAAUACCUCCUGACCUACCUUAUUAUUUAGUAUAGCCAUAGUCAAAACCUGAUAACUGUCCAACUGGGAAGAUACAAAUACUGGAUACAAAUACUUGGAUUAGAGGCUAAUUUUGUUGAGACCUAAAAGAUUUUCAGUAACAAAGGUAACAGCCAAAGAACUUUAUGAGAUCUAGUUUUGAUAAAGAAAAGUAUAAGGUUAACAAACUUGUGUCUAGUUCAUUCUUGGGAGUGACUCUCACUUUUUCUAUUUGCAUGUGAAUAUUAAUAUACAAAGCAAAAACACCUGAUCAAGUGGUAGGGAGGACACACUUCAAAAUUGUACUGUCUUCCAUUUAAAAAUGAAGUAUCAAUUGGGGGUCAGUUAAAUAAUGACCAAAGGGCAGAAACUGUUAAAAUAAUGGCCAAAGGGUAGAAACUGCAGUCUCUUUUGCUUUGUUCGUGACAGGCCUCUUCUGUUUAUCUGUUUAUGGCUCCUAUUACAAAGUUGAUCAAGAGACUUGCGUGUCUUAUGUUUUGCUCUCAACAAUCACACACACACAGAGAGAGAGAGAAUUGGCCUUGCCUGUAAAAGCAGGCUCAUCUAAAACGUAAUUAUUAAGGACACUGUGCUCACAACUUUUGUGAUAUACAAAGGAAAAUGAGAAAAGAUCCACUUGGUAUAUGGGUCAGAAUUGUAUUUUUUGAGUUUUUGAAAUUCUGACCUCCCUAUUUAACCAAUCAUGCUCAGAAUGGCCCUGAUUCCUUGGGGGGGAAAUGGCAUUUUCUGGAAAACUCUUUAUGUAAUGCUGUCCGAGUAAAGUUAAUCAAAGUUGUUCAUUUUGCAUACAUUUUGAAUUUUUGGCAUCUUUUUAAAAUAGUAUGAUUGAUUUUGUUGUUGUUAAAGGAAAAAAGGCCGUACACUGAAUUGGUUAAAGUUGAAAAUAUCUUUUCUACAGAAUGCUAUCAAGAUGUGUGUGCAUUAUUCUAAUGUGAAAUUCUUAAAGCUUUUUAAAUGACCAAGUGAAUAAAGAUACAUGAAUGGUCGAAUGGCCCAUAAAAAGACUGUAUAUUGUCCAGUACCAAAGACUGAUGAAUCUUUUAUGCUUUUUACCUUUCAGGAUCAGAAAUGGUAUUAUCAAUUCUAAUACCUACUAUUAUUUUUACCAUUUUCUUUUUGGGGUCAUGGUCAGAUAAAUUCAAAUUGAAUACUGAAAAUGUAACCAUCUGAAAAAUUUUUGGUUUGUACAAAACCAAAUGAUCUGUGCUUUUUGUAAACGUGAGGAACAAAAUUGUGAAAGCGUUCCAUAAAUUUACUUUAGUAUAAAUUUACAUAAAGCAUUUAAUUAAACGUGAA